CCCGCCCGACUCCGCCCAUAUUUUCCAAGAAUCUUCUCUUCCGUCUUCCCUGAGACCCUUCUUCCAUAGCAGACUCUCUCAGAGCGAUCCCCUCUCGUAAUUCAUAGCGUCAGUCUCCAUUCUUCAAGACUCAACCUCUCGCCGUUCAUUUCCGGCGUCAAUCUCCAUUCUUCAAGACUCUUCAAGCUCUCGCAAUUCAUCUCCCUUUUCUUGUCAGCUUGUGCAACACGUACCUUCCCUCUGUCUAAAUCCGCUUCAAUCUUUAUCCCCCAAUCCGCUUCAUCUCCCAGUUGAAGGGCGAUAGAGAUGGAGAAUGGAGGGGGAAGUCUAGAGGAUAAAUUCGCCCGCCUGUGCAUGCAGGAUUCAGGCAACACCAGUGGGAUCAAGAACGAUGGGUUAUUCCAGGUCAUAAAAGCUGUAGAAGCAGCUGAAACCACUAUCAAGCAACAGGUGGAAGAGAAUAAUCAAUUAAGAUUUGAACUUCAAAAAAAGAUUCUGGAGCUUGAAACAUAUAAAUCAGGUGGGCUGAUAAGUGAGAAUUGUCAUUUACCUGAACAGUUGGCUGGAUAUCAUCACCAGCUGCAUGGAACAUUUUCACAUUUUGAAAAUCAAACUGGUUUGCCCAAUAAUACUCCUAGACGUACUUUGUCUGAUAAUCUUGUCCAAAAUGAUGUAUGCUCUACUCUACAAGAACAUGGAGAAAGCAGCAGAGAUCCUGACAAUGCCAAUGGCAUACUUAGAGUGGUUUCUAGUGGUCAGAAUCCUCCAGAUCCUGCUGUAUCAUCAUUUUUUCCCAGCAGGUAUCAAAAAGAAGGGGAACAAGAUAGGUGGCUUAAUGCACCUGGACAUGGUCUGAUGCCAAUAUCUGAAUUAAAUAAUCCAAACAGUGUGAAGCAGAUCCUGGAUCAAGAACAAGAGAUUUUACAACUUAGGAAUCAUCUUGGAGAAUAUUCAAUCAAAGAAGCACAAAUACGCAAUGAGAAGUAUGUUCUGGAAAAGCGUAUUGCUUAUAUGCGUAUGGCCUUUGACCAGCAGCAACAGGAUCUGGUUGAUGCUGCAUCUAAAGCAAUAUCUUAUAGACAAGAUAUCAUUGAAGAAAAUAUACGCCUUGCAUAUGCAUUGCAGGCUGCACAACAAGAAAAAUCAACAUUUGUAUCAUCUCUACUACCACUACUUGAAGAGUAUUCUCUUCAGCCUCUCGAAGCCGAUGCUCAAUCAAUUGUUAGUAACAUCAAGAUUUUGUUCAGACAUUUGCAGGAAAGGCUUUUGAGUACAGAGGCGAAGCUAAAGGAGUCUCAGUAUCAAGUGGCUCCUUGGUCAUCUGACGUCAACUCCAAUUUUGAAAUGUCACCUGCUGACUAUGCUGUGAUUAAAGAUGAGCUAGACCUGGUACCAGGAGUGAUUAGCUCUUCAGACCCUCGGACAGGAAGAGUUUGGGAUCCAUUGGUUCGUCCUCACUUUGAUAUUACAGGUGAUGCUACAAAAGGCAUGGGCGGAAAUGAUUUUGGCAGUUCUCCUUCUGCAAGCAGGGAGACUGUUCUUGUCGGUGCAUCUACUCAGUUUUCAAUCACCCGGGACCAAAAUAUUUCAAAGUUAAAAAAUGAAGAAAUACCAACUAAACAAGUGACAUUUAGUGAAAUUAGCAACAGUAGUGCAACAGAUGAUCCUGACAAUGAGAGAACUAACAAUGAUAGAGAACCUUCAGUUAGUUGGGUUUCUAAAAGUUCUCCUUAUGUAACUUCACAAGAGGAUCCAAUGUCCACAUACUCGUCAUAUUUACCUCCUGUUAUGGAGGAACCUACUACAUCUUACUCAGAAGCUGCAGAUGAUGAUCCUUUACCUGCAAUAGAAGGGCUCCAAAUUUCAGGUGAAGCAUAUCCAGGGCGAGAACUCCAAGCAUCCGGAUACUCUAUCAAUGGAACAACCAGCUGCAUUUUUGAGUGGAUUCGGCAUAUGGAAGAUGGAUCUUAUAUCUACAUAGAUGGGGCCCAGCAACCUGUGUAUCUUGUUACUGCUGAUGAUGUUGACACUUACCUAGCCAUUGAAGUUCGGCCACUGGAUGAUAGGAAGCGAAAGGGUGAAGCGGUAAAGGUUUUUGCAAAUGAGCACAAGAAAAUAACUUGUGAUUCUGAUAUGCAAAAUUUCAUAGAGAGAACACUUAGCAGUGGUCAUGCUUCAUUUAAUGUAUCCUUGUGGACAGGAUAUCUUGACAUAUGGGAGCCAGCUAUUUUGGCUAUAAAGAGGGAUGGUUUCAGUAUCAAGUGUUCUGGAACUAAUAGUGUUGUGGUGGUUGACAAAUUUUCGCCAUCUAUAACUGUUUCUAUUCCAUUUGCAUGUCCUGGGGAUUUUUCAGUAACCGAUAGUCGAGGGGAUCAACAUCUAUUGAGGGUAACAAAUAUCAGCUAUUCCAGGGACGCCAUUGUUCUCAUCAUGAAAUAUUUAAUUUUAAAGGCUGGUGAGAAAAAAAGGAAGAGACGGAAAAGGAGCUUGUUUUUCAACAAGGAAGACAAGAAAAGAUGAUGAUUGUUGAGGCGGGAGUACUUCCACAUGUGUAGUUUGAGGGGGACAUAGAGAGAAAAUCUCUUCGCCAUAGUUUCUUCAUGGUUGCGACUAUUGCGCGAAAGACAUGACAGAUUCUUUUUCAUUUUGUUUGGAGUAAUGUGAACAGAAAUGCACGCAUUCUGCUGUAGUUAUUAUAGGCAUUUGUAUCAUGUGUUGGUAAAAAAAAGUAGAUGGAUGGGGAAAGUGAGGAAGAGUGCUUAGAGAGUGUAAAUUUUUUUUACUGUUCUUGCACUGUAACUGUACAGAAGUGAUUUUCAAAUGUGAUUUGCUGAUAUGUUUGUGUACUUGAUUUCACCAUACUUGCAAAUUUUAUCAACGGUGUGUUUGCUGAUGGGUAAUGCAAGGGGUACAUUAAAAUAGUGUCUCAUUU